AUGAAGCUCUUUAGUUCCAAUAGUUUUGCAUUGUGGUUCACGAUAAUCAUCGCAUCAACCUUCCAUCUCCCCGCGAGCACUAGAUGUCUAAACGUCCCGGAAGCUUCUCAAGUGAAACGAUCGAUAUUGUCCAAACGAAAAGUCCUAGCUGCCCCUCGUUUGGUUGUUAUUCCCAUCAUCGGACCCGUAUCGUUCAACACAAUGUUUAAUUGGGGAUGCUCUUCGGAUUGGCAUGACUAUAGUCGUGUUGGUGCCGAUUAUGAGACGAGAGUGAAGAUGGAAGCUGCACAAGCGAUUAGCGACGUCGCUGAACAGUACGCCAAAGCUCAUCCGGACGUGAGCAAGAAGGUAUCUGUAGACUUGCGGGAGAUUUGGCUCGAGGAAAAUGGACAACUUCCCGAAAAAGAUCGGGCUCAAGCUAUGCAAGCAAGGGCAGAUCUUCAAGAAUUAUUUGACGAACACCCCGAGUUACAGGAGCAGGCCGAAUACAGAUUCCAAGACAAGGUCGAACAAAUGAUUGUCACGCUCCAGCCGACAUCCCGGGACGACGCUCCAGGAAAGGAUCCGAAGGACUGGGCGCACGUCAAUCUUCAGAAUGACUGA